GUGUUGCAUGUCCCUGUCAAGUGCUGAUUAUUUGGUUCUUUUUGUUGUAGGAGCAAUUGGCCUGGUUAUCAUCUGCUGGUUUCAUUUGGCUGGAACUGUAUAUUCAUUCACAGAUGCCAAAACCCCAAAACGGCACUUUUAAAUGCAAUUUCCCUUUUGUCAAUGCUAUGAGCACCAGUGGAGGAGGACGACCGGACGGCUGCCUGUCACACAUGGAUCUGAUCGGGCGAGGGCAGAUAACAGCAGACAAACUGGAGCCAUCCUUUGAACGCGCCAUGAAGGGUGACGUAUCAGGCUCUCACUGUCUCAACUGAUCAUUUCUUGUUUGGAUCUAACAGCAAAAAGACGCCAUGCUCAGAACCUCUGUGUUAUUGUUUUUUGUACUAACCAAUGGCAUCACAGCAAAGCCACUAAAACCCUUGGAUGAACUUCGCAAUGAAGCAGUCCAAAAGGGUUGGGUAUCCAUUGAUGACAAAGGUAUGGCCUCCUGGGGAGUGGAAGUGGAGCCUCCUGAAGACAUGGAUGAAACCAGUUUUGAUAUUGACCCCAAUAUGAAAAUCUGGAAGAGUGUGGAAGAUGACGGCAAACAGUACCAAAUGACUGAAGAAGAUCUGGAUGAACUCCAACAUCCUUCAACAGAGAACCUUAUUAAAGUCUAUGAAGAAGGCAUUCAGGAUGCCCUCCCUCCUGCUGAAAUACAAGUAAAAGAUGCCACAGAUAAUGAAGGAAUAGACUUAGAAUAUCGGCGGUAUACAGAGCCUGAAGAAGACUGGGAUGAGCUUUAUCACAGUGAUAAAGAGGUGGACAAGUAUUUAGCGCCCCUAGUGGUGGGAUAUAAGGGUGAGCCAAUAGAGCCAAAGGGUGAACCAGUGGGCCAUCCAGUUUACACUGAGCCAGAGAAAGACGAUGACGACUUGUACCAUGGUGAUGAUGUUUCAAGCAUGCAGCUGAUUCCAUUGGAGCCUGAAGUGAUGGUAGAAACUCAGGCAAGGCUUUACCUGGAGCCAGAAGAAGACAUGGAUGAUGUUUAUCACAAAGAUGUCCCAGAGAUGACCCCUUUCAACAAUAAGGUGUACCCUGCUGCCGUGGACUGGCCCACUCAGAGGAAGUACACUGAGCCCGAGGAAGACCUGGAUGCCCUGUAUCAUAACUGA